AUGGUCAGAUAUAGUAAAUUACCUUUUCGUGAAUUAGUUCGUGGAUAUAAUGUAGAUUUAACAUAUACACCAAUGAUAUUAGCAAAAGAAUUUAAAAAUUCAAAUACAGCAAGAAAUUGUGAAUUUACUACUAGUGAGAGUGAUAAACCUCUAAUAAUACAAUUUGCAAGUAAUAACAAUAUUGAUCUAUUAAAAGCUGCUGAAUUAAUUGCCAAUUAUGUUGAUGGAAUAGAUGUCAAUUGUGGAUGUCCACAAAAAUGGGCUAUAAACGAAGGAAUUGGAGCAUAUUUAAUGGAAAAACCUGAACUUGUAUGUGAUAUGAUUAAAACUAUUAAAAUGAAUAUACCAAAAUUACCUUGCUCAAUUAAAAUUAGAAUUCAUGAUGAUAUGAGGAAGACCAUAGAAUUUGUAAAAAGAGCAGAAUCAAUAGGAGUAGAUUUUAUAACAGUACAUGGACGUACGCGUCGACAAAAAUCAACCGAACUAGUUAAUUUAAAUGCAAUAAAAUUAAUUAAAGAAAAUUUAAAAAUCCCUGUUAUUGCCAAUGGUAAUAUAUUUACUUUAAAUGAUGCUGAGAAUAUUUAUCAGCAAACUGGUGUAAAUGGUGUAAUGUCUGCUAGAGGUUUAUUAAAUAAUCCUGCUUUAUUUGCUGGUUAUGAUUUUACUCCUUGGGACUGUAUUGAAAAUUUUGUUAGACUAUCAAUUGCCUACGGAACAAAUCAUUUUAUAUUUCAUCAUCAUCUAAUGUAUAUGCUUGAGGAUGUUAUGAGCAAUGCGGAGAAAAAGUCUUUUAAUACAUUGACUAGCAUUCCUGCAAUUAUAGAUCAUCUAGAAGAACAUUAUGGAUUACAACCAGAAUAA